AUGUCCCCUCAAAAAGGCAAGGGAAACUCAGGACGCCAAGUCAAGCGAACAAGUGACGAAGUUGAAGCUGCGAUUCGCGGGGUUCCACAAAUGCACCGUCAGACCUUGCGUUCCCUCUCGGCCGCCUGUGCAGUGCCCAUGGCGACGAUUUUUCGCCACAUGAAGAAUCCUCGCUACAAGGCCCGGUCGAAUUACGUCAAGCCUCACCUCACCCCCGGGAACAUCCAAGAAGAGCUCAAGUUUGCACUGUCCUUGUUCGGCCUUACCUGUUGGGCACCAUCUUUUCACCGACAUACAUGA